UCUUAACCACAACAUAUUUAAUUUCAAAUUUUCAACAUUUUGAGUGAUUUUAGAAGGAAUAAUUUUAUAUUUUUAAUUAUAAAAGCCCCUGACAAUUGAACUCAAACCCUCGACUAUUAAAAACAUAAAACUUUUGUGAAUUAUUGUUAAUGGAGAAAGACGCUUCCUAAAAAGAAAUUUGUUCAAGAGACUGAACUAUGGAUCAAAAUUAUAGUGAUUUCAUUUACAAUAUAAUCUGUAAUUAUACAACAUGAAGACAACAUUAGUUAGACAACAAUCUCUAAGAUUCAAUUCUUUUUAACUUCAAAUUCAUGCAUCAAAUACAACAACAAAAAUUCGCACCCACUAAGACAUAAAGCUUUCAACCAAAUAGUGUAUCUCACUUUGUGUCAUUUUAUAGAUUCAAGAUUAAGCCAAGUUGUGUACAAAAUUGUGAAUCUUACUUAAUUGUUUCCCCGAUGGAGCUAUGUACAUUGGAACGUUUACUCAAAAACUAUUUGAAGAUAGUGAUAGAAUGAAAGGACAUUCACCUCCUCAUUCCCUACAAAUUGAGGGAAUGAAGUAACUUUCAUAUCAAGCUCACCAAUUACAACAUCACUAAUCUCAUAACUUAUUAUACAAUUUGGAAGAAAAAGACGAACAAGAGCAAUCUCGAAAAUUUUCAUGACAUGGACUCGAUAAAUUUAACUUUUUGAAAAUGGUGUUUUGCAAUCUUACAUAUUUUACCACUAAAUUUUUGCUUAUAGUUGGUAGUAGGAAAAGAAGAAAGAGUAUGUUAAUGUUAGAGAUAGUGGAAUCGGUGAUGGAGAUAAAUAACAUUGUUGAGAAGAAGGAAGAGAUUGUUGAUCGUGGAUAUAAAAUUUCAACGAAGAGAGGAAAGACCAAAUAUUCAAUAAUAUUUAUGACUUUGACAAGGAAAAUUCUACUAGCAUAAAAAUGAUGUCUCACAUUUCUGAACAUUUUUCUUAUAAAGUUUGGUUUUCAAUAAAAUGUAUGAGAAGGAGUAGACCAUUGAUGGUGAAUAGAAAGUUUUCAUUAGUGAAGAUGAAGUAGCAUGGAGAUGAUAAUGUUUUUCAUGGCAGGACAAUCACAAGCAAGUCCAAAAGAAAAUUUGCAGGAAUUUCUAACAGUAAAGAGUCAACUGAAGUGCCAUUGAUUUUUUUUAGGAACCGGUUUCCUUACAUGAGUUAUGUUUUUUAUUUUGAUAGAAACUUUUUUUCGUGAAUGAUCAAGGUGUUGGAAAACUUAUUAUAUGUUCCUUUUUAUAUUUUCAGUAACAAAUUAAUUUGAAUUUCAAUAACUUAGUCGAGACAAUUACAACUAUUAUUUAUAUCAUUGAUAUAAUUUAUCCGACCAACGGGCGGACCCAAAUCUAGUAUAUAAUAAACAAGUGUACCCAGCCUCAUUAGCCCAAUUUGGAAUAAGAAUAUUAUUUAUUGAGAACGUCAAAACGACAAAGCGUUUAUAAAAGACUGCGUGAUCGAAGGGAACGAGUCCGGUCAGUCAAAUCUAUCCGAUCUUCAACGCCACAUCUGACCUCUUCCUUCCCACUUGUCGCCCCUUCCCCGUUAUUAUUGUUUCUGGUUUAUGUGGUAGUUGGCUACGGCUACGCCAUUAUAUAUAUCAUUCACCAAAAACUUAACCCAUAUCACCACCAAUUCACUCUCAACACCAUUACAUUCAUACUCCUUUCUCAGUUCUCACCAUUCAGAAUCUCUUAUACUAAUCCCAUCAAUGGCUUCCUAUAGCUCCAUACAAACCCUACGCCCCAUUUCAUCCAUUAAUCCAGCUCCACGCGCCGCAAUAUCUCUCCCUAAGCUCCCAAUCCGAAUCUCCCUCCCCAAAAUCCCCACCUCUUCCACCAGCAAAACCCACCUCUCCGAUCAAUCUUUCCGCCCGGAGAUCACCCACCAACACCCACUUAUUAUCAGUACUACUACUACAUCACCACCGGCCGACGAAGGAGCAGCCACGCCGGCGGCGGCGACUUCCGAGCUGUAUUACGCUGUCCUGGAGUCCAUCGCGGACAGGAUCGAGAUGCACAGCAACGUGGCGGUCCAGCGGGACAACUGGAACUCCCUGCUCCUCUCCUCCAUCAACAUGUCCAUCCUCGCCGCCACCACCAUGGCCGCCGUCUCCCCCUCCGCCGCCGACCAUUCCCUGCCGUUGACCCUCGGCUCGACGAUCCUCUUCGCCGCCGCCACGGGCCUGCUGGCGAUCAUGAACACCAUCCAGCCCUCCCAGCUGGCCGAGGAGCAGCGCAACGCGGCCCGUUUGUUCCGCCAGCUCCAGUCCAAACUAAACGGGCCCGGAAGCCAGGCCCAAUCCCAACCCACCAAAGCCCAGGUGGACGCCGCGGUGGAAAAAGUGCUGACCAUUGACCGGGCCUACCCUCUCCCUUUACUCGGGAAAAUGAUCCCCAAGUUCCCCAAAAAAUUCUCCCCCGCAGUCUGGUGGCCUCCACGUGGCAGCCAGCAGUCCCCGAAACGACGUCGCAGCGGAAGAGUGAACAACAGCAGCAACGGAUGGAGCGAGGAGCUGGAGGCGGAGAUGAGAGCCGUCGCCGUCGCUAUGAGGAGCAAAGACCGGGAGGAUUACGAGAGGCUGGGAAGCGUGGUGCUGAAGCUGAACAAGGCCCUGGCCGUGUCGGGGCCCGUGCUGUCCGGCGUGGCGGCGGCCGCUUCUGCUGUCGGGCUGGUCGUCGGCGGUAAUGAGAAUGGGUGGGUGGCGGUGGCGGCAGGUGCGUUGGCGGCGGCGGUGAACACGUUGGAGCACGGCGGGCAGAUUGGGAUGGUGGUAGAGAUGUACAGGAGCUGCGCCGGGUUUUUCGACGAGCUAGAGGAUUCGAUCGAGGGGAAUCUCCGGGAGGAGGAAGUGGAGGAGAGGGAGAAUGGGGAGGUGUUUGCGAUGAAGGUUGGGUUGGCGCUGGGGAGGAGUCCGGCGGAGGUGAAGGAGUUGGCUGGCAAAGUUGCGUACUGUAGGGAGGAAGGGACGACGCCAUUGGAGGAGUUUGCUAGCAAGCUCUUCUGAUAAGAUAGAUAAAUGUUCGUUGUAACGUAGUUUAUUUGUGACUACUAGGGUAGGGUAUACAUACUAGGAGGGGAUUGAGAAAUUAUAACCCAUCAUCAUCCCAAAAAAUAUUCUUUGAUUAAUUUGUUUUUUUUUUCAUAUUUUAUUCAUUUCUUUUGAUAUUUGAUUUCUGAAAACAAUAAUCUGUAUACACGCGCGCGUAUAUAUAAAUAAUUUUACUCGUCAUUUGUAACGUGUGUAAUUAACGCGAAUCUUAAAUCUGUAUGUAGAAAGCAUGCACGCAUACAUGCAUUCAACAAACAAACAUAUUGAUAUAUGUUCAAACAGAAUAUAGCUCUAUCAGUAUGAUAAAGUCCAUUUUGGACACACAUUUACUAUUGGCUGUCCUCCCAAAAGACCCCAUACUAACUAAUUAGGCUAUAUUUGACGCUAAUUAUAUACAAAGAUAAUUUCUCCCGUGUAUUUUCGUUUUGGUACUUAAAUCUCAUCAUAACAUUAUGUACAUGGAUUUGUUAGUUUGUGUAAAUAGUCAAUUGACGGUUAACAAAAUCGUAUUUACCAACUGGCCCAUUAAAAAUAAGAUAAUGGUGGUGGCAUAAGUUGUCGUUACGACGUUUCACAUCACGCCCAUGUAAUUUGAAUUAUUAAAGAGGUAGGUAUACG